CCCGCAAACAAUGGAAACGCCCACUGGAGACGGUCGUUUGACGACUUGCAACAGCAGCAAGUGGUCGCUUAUGAUGUGAACGGGCGGUUUCAAAGUGGUUUACUGCGUGUUUUAAGUGAUUCACAAACGGCCAAGGAAUAUGGUUAAUGCUUUUAUUUUGUUCUUUGUGUGCUUGUGGCGUCUUGAUGUGACAGAGUCAGUGAAGUCAGUGUCAGUGAUGGAGGGGGAUUCUGUCACUCUAAACACUGAUGUCACUGAAACACAGAAAUAUUUGAACAUACAGUGGACGUUCGGAAGCACUCGAAUCGCUGAAGUCAGCAGACUCACACAAACCAGCUUGACGUAUAAUGGUCCUGAUGGGAGAUUCACUGACAGACUGAAACUGGAUCAAACCGGAUCUCUGACCAUCACAAACACCAGAAUCUCAGACUCAGGACUUUAUAAAGUAACAGUUAUCAGCAAAGACACCAGCUACAUGAGUUUCAAUCUCACAGUCUAUAAGUCUGCUCAAAGUACUUCAUCAACAGAAAGAUCAUCAACAAGCUCCAAUUUAUGGUCGUCCAGCUGUGCUGUGAACAAUUCAACCAUCAUCCAGACUCAGGACGCCAACAUUACUGAUCUCUAUCAGCCAAGUUCAGGUGUGUUUGGUGUUGAGACGGGGGAAAUAAAACAGGUGAUCGAGGGAGAUUCUGUUACUCUGAACAUAAGGGUGCAAAAAGGUGUGCAACUACUUUGGAUGUUUGGACGUGAACAGACUCUAAUUGCUGAAAUCAAUAAGGAGGAUGGAGUCUUCAACACAUAUGAAGAUGCGGAUCGUGGGAGAUUCAGAGGCAGACUGGAACUGGACUAUGAAACUGGAUCUCUGACCAUCACAAAAACCCGAACUGAUCAUGCUGGACGCUAUCAACUACAGAUCAUCAGUAAAACGGUCUCAUACAAGACAUUCACAGUUUCUGUCUAUGCUCGUCUGCCUAUUCCUGGCAUCACCAGAGACUCUUCACAAUGUUCCUCAUCAUCAUCAGGAUCAUCAGUGUCCAGAUGUUCAGUGGUGUGUUCAGCUGUGAAUGUGAGUCAUGUGACUCUCUCCUGGUAUAAAGGAAUGAGUGUGUUGUCCAACAUCAGUGUGUCUGAUCUCAGCAUCAGUCUCUCUCUACCUCUGGAUGUGGAAUAUCAGGAUAAAAACAAUUACAGCUGUGUGAUCAACAAUCCCGUCAGCAACCAGACCACACAUCUGGACAUCACUCAACUCUGUCAGCCAUGUCCAGUUCCUCUGCCAAUUCCUGUCAUCAGCAGAUACUCUCCACAAUGUUCUUCUGAAUCAUCGUCAUCAAAUUGUUCACUGGUGUGUUCAUCAUCAGUGUUGAAUGUGAGUGAUGUGACUCUCUCCUGGUAUAAAGGAAUCAGUGUAUUGACCAACAUCAGUGUGUCUGAUCUCAGCGUCAGUCUCUCUCUACCUCUGGAUGUGGAAUAUCAGGAUAAAAACAAUUACAGCUGUGUGAUCAACAAUCCUGUCAGCAAACAGACCACACAUCUGGACAUCAACACACUCUGUCAGCCAUGUCCAGACUAUAUCCACUGUUGUGGUUUCACUGAAGCUGUGAUCCGAUUGGCUCUCUCUGCUCUGGUGGGCGUGGCUACUGUUGCUGUUCUGGUUUAUGACAUCAGAUCCAGAAGUCUUCAGCAGAAGAAGAGAGAGCAAACGCCAUCAGACUCUGAUUAAUCAGAUACUCGGGAAGGUGGAGAUGUUUUCAAGCAGAUAGUUCACUUUGAAAUUAAUUUUUGAUAUGUUUU